AUGUCUAAGCCCCUCCCCAUCAAGCCCUUUGGCUUGUCGCAGAUCUAUGUCCCGCGCGACGAACCCAAGGUUGAUAUUGUCUUCGUUCAUGGCUUGAACGGCAGCCCUCAUGACUCUUGGACGAGUAAAACUACCGGUUGUUUCUGGCCGGUUGACCUUUUGCCAGAUAUCCUUGCUGCGCAACGUCCUCGCAUCCUCACCUAUGGCUACAACGCAAAUGUCACGGCCUUCACGGAUGGUGUGUCCCGGGACUCGGUCGUUAGCCAUGCUGAAACACUCGCCUCGAGUCUUGCUGCCAAUCGAAGUCUGAAAGAGUGCUCCGACCGCCCAAUAAUCUUCGUCUGCCAUUCUCUGGGAGGUCUCGUUGUGAAGCGUGCCCUCAUAUACUCCCGCAGUCUCUCAAACGAGAAAACCGAGCAUCUUCGCUCAGUGUACGUGUCGACCUUCGGCAUUCUAUUCCUCGGUACCCCGCAUAAUGGCUCUGAUAUUGCGAAAUGGGGUCUCUUGCUACACAAUAUCUGCAGCGCCGUCCUUCCGAAGAAAUUCAUGGAGGCAUCUCCGCAGCUUGUCAAGGCUCUCCGGACAAACAAUGAGACCUUGCAGCAUAUCAACAGUCUUUUUGUAGACAUCAUGGGCCGAUUCCAUAUCUAUUUCUUUCACGAAACGCGAUCUACAGAUGUACGAGGCACUCGAGAAGUGAUUGUGGACGAAGCAUCAGCGGCUCCUUAUAUGGAAGGCGUUGAGCGGAUGGGUAUUGAGGCAGAUCACAGUCACAUGUGCAAGUUUGACGAUGAGAAUGCUGCUGGUUAUGAGGUGGUGGCUGAAGCUAUUCUCCGAUACUCGCGCCAGGCUCCUACUAUCAUCAAAGAUCGCUGGGUGGAGGAAAGGAACGUCCGCACACAGGAAAAGAAAGCCAAGGCCAGAGAAAUCUAUGACGUCCAAUCCGUACCAACUCUGCCGCCUGCUGCUGCAACAGAAGGCCGCAACUCGCCCGUUUCUGAUCUGGGAAACAGUGGACUCGAAUUCUCCCAUUAUUCCCUCACAAGCCCACCGCUAUUCGUGGCACCCCCGGGCUUCCAUCCAAAUGCCACAUUUUUCGGCAUGCAAAAAGAGCUUGAAGUUUUGCAUAAUCGGUUGUUCAAAGCCAAGUCGCGUGCAGAAAGGACUAUGGCUGUUUUGAUCUCUGGCGUUCCAGGUUCUGGCAAGACGCAUCUAGCGCGACAGUAUGUGUUCGCACAACGCGACUGUUACCCAGGCGGAAUCUUCUGGAUUGAUGCCAAGUCCCGCGAAUCAGCAUACAAAUGUUUCUGGGAGAUUGCCCAAGCCGCCACGCUGGUUGACCACAAGGAGACCGUAGAACCCGAGUAUCAGGAAACCCAGAGGUAUGUAAGUGCCGUCCGGAACUGGCUUCAGACACGACAGGAUUGGCUUCUGGUCUUUGAUGGGGUUACCUUUGACCGGGACGAUGAUAUCAACGAGUUCAGGUCUUUCUUGCCGUGGAAUCGCCAGUGCAGUAUCAUUUACACCUCGGUCGACACGACGUUGCGGAAAAAGCAGCGACUGUAUGAGCCCUACUGUCUGAUGAUCUCGAGGAUGCACGUCGAGGACGCUUGCAAUCUUUUGUUUAAGGACGUUGGGAUCACCCGACCUACAGCCGAACAGAUAUCCAAGGCUACCCGGAUAGUAGAGCACUACGAGUGUUUACCUUUGGCGAUCCAUGCUAUUGGUCAUCGUCUCAAUGCCACAGGAAAGCCCAUUGAGAAGUAUCAUGUCAAAUCCCAAGUGACCGACAAGAAGCUCGCGGAACCAUUCUUGAGCAUCAUGAAUGAUUUGUUUCGUCUGCAACAAAGACAGGCAUUGCAUUUGAUUAACCUCCUCUCAUUCCUUGGCCACCAAGUUCCCGUUGGACUUCUGAACCUCGGUAGGGCUGCCAUGACCGCCGAGAAUUUGGAAAUCCAGACCAGUGCCCAAACCGGAGAAGAGCCUGAUCUUGAUAAUACCCUCGGAACACUCAUACACUAUGGACUGAUCGAGAGGACCUCCGAUGCGGGCGUUGUUCGACAAACCUCAUCUUUGCACCGGUUUGACCACCAGUCUGAUGAGGAGACAGCCGGGGACACCAAGCCUGUUCCUGAAAUCUCGGACUCACUAAAUGAGAGCAGCCAGGAAGGAUUCUUUUCCAUUUACCGCCACAAUUCGGCGGUCGACGUGGUCAAAAUCCACAGUGUGGUCCAAGGUUUCUGCCGAGAUGAGCUCCGAAUCAAGGACGAAGAGUAUAAGGGUGCCAUGAACAAACAUGACCCAGGGUUUUACGAUACCUGGUUGAUUGUUGCCACUCGGUUUCUCAUCAAAUCCUACGAAGCCGCUAGGGAGAGAAUGGCCCAUUACCAGGACUGUGGCCUUGUUCGGGACUAUCGAGAAUACGAAACCCACGCUUCGCGACUGGCUGAGCUCUUUCCAAAGAGACCUUUGAUGGGUUCACAUCCACCCAUCGUUCGUGAAGCACGAGAGGGCCUGCGUCGCCUGCUGAAGAGCAUAAGCAAAGAGAUCGAGAAUCUCUCUCCUAGCUCCUCGCAUCACUCCUCCGGUAACCAAAAGUCUGUUUUUGAUCGCUCAAGUAGCUCGUCUUCAUCCUUUCCCGAUUCUUCGGCAGACGAAGGUAUUUCGCGACAGAAUACAUUCAAUUGGGAUGACAUUGGCUCACCUCGAGCGGAAUCCCCUGAGCAGAUGGCAGUGCCACUUCCUCGCUUCAGAUUGGAGCUGUUCCCUCCCCAUAUAUUCAGAGGACCUGGAUAUGAGUCGGAAGAAGGCUAUGAAACUGAUGGGGAAGCCAAGGCAGUUGUUCGAGUCUCUCCAGCUUUGUCACAGUUAAGCAAUACUACAGAGAAACCGAAACCGCCCCUUUCAUCGAGCCCCCCAGUUAUAUCCAGCGAACAGGAGUGGCAAGUGGUCAAUCAUCACCAAAAGCCAAAGCCAAACCUACCCAAGGGGAGAAACCAGAAAAGGCGGAACAAAGGCCCUCGAAACUUUAGAGACGCCAAAGCCGACACACCACUCGCAAAAGUAUCCUCUAUCCAGGGACGAGGAUCCUCAAGUCGGACGACCUCGGCUGAAACGGGGAGCUCCUCAAUACUGGUUUCGGAGGCUGAAAGAGCGCUCGCUGCAGUGCGUCGAUAUAGCAACUCCCAGGCGUCCUCUGAAAGUUCACAGCACACGGCUACCUCUCUUCCAUCGAAUCCGCCAGCGAGCAACGAGAAUAUGCCGACAUAUGCAAAUGUGGCCACCCGGCGAAUCAUAGAGGCGGAGUCAGCUGUGAAACGUCCAUCAUCAGUGCCUGUAUCACACGCGCUAGAUCCUGCUAGUGGCGUGCAGAUGAAGCCUUCCACUGAGUCGCUUGACAGUCAAAUGGGCUAUGCCUUCGCGUCACCACUCUCUCAUGAAUUGAGCUCUCACGAAUUGUUAGUGGAACCUAUGAGUCUGUCAACAUACAGUGAGCCUGGUGAUAAUAUCUUUGGUCGCCAGAUGAGUGACGUUGACUAUCACACUGCACCUGGAUCACGAUCUCAUUCUCGCCGUGCCUCAAUCGCCCAAUUCGAAAUUCCCCGGAAUUUGUCUGCAAGUGUGCCAUCUUUCUUUCCAUACCCGCCACCGUUACCCUAUGAUGAGAACAUUGCUAUCAGCAUCCCGAAUCUCAGAAGACCAUCAAAAACGUCAGGCGCAAGCACCCCAUCGGGAUUCCCCGGACCUGGUGCCAUUUCUCAUCCAUCUGCGAUCAUGCCGGGCUCAUUCCCGCUCUCACAAAAUUCAAGCCUACCCAUGGGUUCUGCUCCCGAGCGGCCAACUGCAGAAGCACUAUCGCGUGGCUCAUCUGCGUUUUCACAUCAAUCGUGGGCGACAGAACCCGUACGAUAUCCACCGCGGUUCUCGCCAGUCCCAAGUUUUCAACACCAGCCCCCAGAGAUAGCAUCUGCUGUACCCCCACACACCCAACAACAGCAAUUACUCUCUGGAAUCGGAAGCUGGACAGCCGAGUUACCCUUGGCGGACAGCGCCCUGCCGUCCGACCCUACCAUCACUGGCCCACCACCAUCACACGGGCGACUAGGGUCAAUGGAUGAACGACUGAAACUCACCGAGCCGGGAUUCAACCCUGAACUUGAGCCUUCACAGUACUUGCAUUUCGGCGGCUACCGCGUCGAUGUCCGAGAUCCACGUCACCGGCUGAGCGAGUCUGCUCGGCCCCAGGCGCCACGUCGCGUACCUCAGUACCAACUGUAUCAUCCCAAUCUAUCCGGUCCUUUAAUUCAACACGAUGGUCAUUUAUAUGCACCUGCCCCACCAUUGGAGGUGUAUGGAAAACGAGCACGAAGUGGAAGCUCGCCUUCACGUCCGAGCUAUGAUGGUCUCGGUGUGCGAUUCUCUUAA